ACUCAGGGGUUGGAGGCAGCAGCCGCGGCAGCACAGCAGCGUCGACCGGAUCCCCCCACCGGUGCCCCUGUCCCGGGCCAGGAGACCACCCCAGCUCCCUCAGCUUCCUCGUGCCAGGCGACACCCACUCCGCCGCCAUGUCGCUCCCCAUGUCGGACCACGACAAACGCAAGCAGAUCAGCGUGCGGGGCCUGGCCGGGGUGGAGAACGUCUCCGACCUGAAGAAGAACUUCAACCGGCACCUGCACUUCACGCUGGUCAAGGACCGGAACGUGGCCACCCCGCGCGACUACUACUUCGCGUUGGCGCACACCGUGCGGGACCAUCUGGUGGGCCGCUGGAUUCGCACCCAGCAGCACUACUACGAGAAGGACCCCAAGAGGAUCUACUACCUCUCGCUGGAGUUCUACAUGGGCCGGACACUGCAGAACACCAUGGUGAACUUAGCCCUGGAGAAUGCCUGUGACGAGGCCACGUACCAGCUGGGCCUGGAUAUGGAGGAGCUGGAAGAGAUAGAAGAGGAUGCUGGACUGGGGAAUGGUGGGCUGGGCCGCCUGGCAGCCUGCUUCCUGGACUCCAUGGCCACUCUGGGCCUGGCCGCCUAUGGCUACGGGAUCCGUUACGAGUUUGGGAUUUUCAACCAGAAGAUCAAUAACGGCUGGCAGAUGGAGGAGGCGGAUGACUGGCUGCGUUACGGGAACCCCUGGGAGAAGGCCCGGCCCGAGUUCACCCUGCCUGUCCACUUCUAUGGCCGAGUGGAGCACACCGACCAAGGAGCCAAGUGGGUGGACACCCAGAUCGUGCUGGCCAUGCCCUAUGACACCCCGGUGCCCGGCUACCGCAACAAUACCGUCAACACCAUGCGGCUGUGGUCUGCCAAGGCCCCCAAUGACUUCAAUCUCAAGGACUUUAACGUCGGCGGCUACAUCCAGGCUGUGCUGGACCGGAAUUUGGCCGAGAACAUCUCCCGAGUCUUAUACCCCAAUGACAAUUUCUUCGAGGGGAAGGAGCUGAGGUUGAAGCAGGAAUACUUCGUGGUGGCUGCCACACUCCAGGACAUCAUCCGCCGCUUCAAAUCCUCCAAAUUUGGGUGCCGGGACGCUGUGCGCACCAACUUCGAAGCCUUUCCCGAGAAGGUGGCCAUCCAGCUGAACGACACUCACCCGUCACUGGCUAUCCCGGAGCUGAUGAGGGUCCUGGUGGAUGUGGAGAAGCUCGAAUGGGACAAGGCGUGGGAUGUGACGGUGAAAACCUGUGCCUACACCAACCACACGGUGCUGCCCGAGGCUCUGGAGCGCUGGCCCGUCCACUUGCUGGAGACCCUCUUGCCCCGCCACCUGCAGAUCAUCUACGAGAUCAACCAGCGGUUCCUCAACAGGGUGGCAGCGGCGUUUCCCGGAGACAUGGAUCGGCUGCGGCGCAUGUCCCUGGUGGAGGAGGGCGGAGUGAAACGCAUCAACAUGGCACACCUGUGCAUCGCCGGGGCCCACGCCGUCAAUGGCGUCGCCCGCAUCCACUCCGAAAUCCUCAAGAAGACCAUCUUUAAGGAUUUCUACGAGUUGGAGCCACACAAGUUCCAGAACAAGACCAAUGGGAUCACGCCCCGGCGCUGGCUGGUACUGUGCAAUCCGGGUCUGGCCGAGGUCAUCGCUGAGAGGAUCGGGGAGGAGUACAUCUCGGACCUGGACCAGCUGCGCAAGCUGCUGGCCUACGUGGACGAUGAGGGCUUCAUCCGGGACGUGGCUAAGGUCAAACAGGAGAACAAGCUGAAGUUUGCAGCCUACCUGGAGAAAGAGUACAACGUUCACAUCAAUCCCAACUCGCUCUUUGACGUCCAGGUGAAGAGGAUCCACGAAUACAAGCGGCAGCUCCUCAACUGCCUCCACGUCAUCACCCUGUACAACCGCAUCAAGAAGGAUCCCAACAAGUUUUUUGUGCCGCGGACAGUGAUGAUCGGAGGGAAGGCAGCCCCUGGAUACCACAUGGCCAAGAUGAUCAUCAAACUCAUCACCUCCAUCGGGGACGUGGUCAAUAAUGACCCAGUUGUGGGGGAUCGCCUCAAAAUGAUCUUCCUGGAGAACUACCGGGUGUCUUUGGCUGAGAAAGUGAUCCCAGCCUCAGACCUGUCGGAGCAGAUCUCCACCGCUGGCACCGAGGCCUCAGGCACCGGGAACAUGAAGUUUAUGCUGAACGGGGCCCUGACCAUCGGCACCAUGGACGGUGCCAAUGUGGAGAUGGCGGAGGAGGCGGGCGAGGAGAACUUCUUUAUCUUCGGCAUGAGGGUCGAGGAUGUAGACCGGCUAGACCAGAAGGGGUACAACGCUCAGGAAUUCUACGACAGCCUCCCUGAGCUCAGACAGGUCAUAGAGCAGCUGAGCAGCGGCUUCUUCUCCCCGAAGCAGCCUGACCUGUUCAAGGACAUCGUCAAUAUGCUCAUGCACCACGACCGGUUUAAGGUGUUUGCUGACUUCAAAGCCUACAUCCAGUGCCAAGAGAAAGUGAGCGCCUUGUACAAGAACCCACGGGAGUGGACACGGAUGGUGAUCAGGAACAUCGCCACUUCUGGCAAGUUCUCCAGCGACCGCACCAUCGCUCAGUACGCCAGGGAGAUCUGGGGCGUGGAGCCCUCCCAUCAGCGCCUGGCAGCCCCCGAUGAACACUUCUGAGCUCUCAGGACCCCUGUGCUCAGUCCCAGACCUGCCCCCCGCCCCCCCCCCGCCCCCCCGCCGCUGGCUUAGCCCUCUCCGGCCCUGGAACCUCCUCCCUUCUAACUGCAUCUGUGUCCCGUCCUGCCCCCGGCCCCGGGGAGAUGUUCUGACGUCUCCUUGUGCCCUCACGUGACCCCUGCGACCCAGUUCCAUGUCAAGCGUGCUAUUUGUGAAGCGCUUAUCAUAGCCCAGCACUGUGCUAAGCGCUAGGUUGGUUACAAAGAUAAUUAGGUGGGACACGGUCCCUGUCCCAAAGGGGGCUCACAAUCCAAGCCCCUCCCCAGUCCCCCGGGGUCUGAGGCCCUGCUUUCUCCAGCCUUCCUCCUCCAUCCCCAUUAUUUAUGGGGCGGAGGGGUCCCCCCUCCCAGCGUCUGACACUGUGACGACCUAGUGACGGGUCUGGGGUCUGCCUCUAAUAAACCAGCCCCGGGGCCAAUUCUG